UCUUCCUCCUCAGCUCCCCACCACCAUCACCAGACAUGGCUUCACUCUGUGCCUCCUCCUCUGCUCUCGCAGCAGCCGCCGGAGCUUCCUUCCUCACGGGAAGGAGAUUAAGGCAGGGAGGAAGUCGGCCGGCUUUGCAAACCUCCCGCCGGGCCUUCUCCGUCUCCGCCGUCGCUGCGCCGGACAGACCCAUCUGGUUCCCGGGAAGCACUCCUCCUCCAUGGCUCGACGGCAGCCUUCCCGGAGACUUCGGUUUCGAUCCCCUCGGCCUCGGGUCGGAUCCGGAGAGCCUGCGGUGGAACCAGCAGGCGGAGCUGGUGCACUGCCGGUGGGCGAUGCUGGGCGCCGCCGGCAUAUUCAUCCCCGAGUUCCUCACCAAGAUCGGCAUCCUGAACACGCCGUCGUGGUACGAGGCGGGGAAGCUGGAGUACUUCACCGACACCACCACCCUGUUCGUGAUCGAGCUCAUCCUGAUCGGGUGGGCGGAGGGGCGGCGGUGGGCCGACAUCAUCAAGCCCGGGAGUGUCAACACCGACCCCGUCUUCCCCAACAACAAGCUCACCGGCACCGACGUCGGCUACCCCGGAGGCCUCUGGUUCGACCCCCUCGGCUGGGGCACCGGCUCCCCGGAGAGCCUCAAGGAGCUGCGCACCAAGGAGAUCAAGAACGGCCGCCUCGCCAUGUUGGCCGUCAUGGGCGCCUGGUUCCAGGCCGUCUACACCGGCACCGGCCCCAUCGACAACCUCUUCUCCCACCUCGCCGACCCCGGCCAUAACACCGUUUUUGCCGCCUUCACUCCACAGUGAGGAGGAAGGGGAAGAAGGUGAUCCAAUGGAGGAUGUCAAUUUGGAAGGUGUGAUUGUACUCGAUGUUUGAAUAUGUAAUUAGGGUGGAGGAGUUGAAUUGUCUAUCAAUUUGCUUUGAAUGCAAUGAUACUAUUGUGUACUUUACAAAGAUUUUUUAAACUUUAGAUUUGUGGUGACUAA